AUGUCGUUCCGGCGAAAAUACCACUCCGUGCCGCUGGGCCGCGACCAGUUUUACAUCGACGUGCGCUACACGAACCUGCGACCCAUCGGCGGCGGCUCCUACGGCGUCGUCUGCUCCGCCGACGACACGGCGACGGGGCGCCGCGUGGCCAUCAAGAAGAUCGCCAACGUCUUCAGCGACCUCGUCGACGCCAAGCGGAUCCUCCGGGAGAUCAAGCUGCUGCGGCACUUCGGGUCCCACGAGAACAUCGUGCAGGUCAAGGACAUCAUCACGGUGCCGCCGAACACCAUCGACUUCUCCGACGUCUACAUCGUCACGAACCUCAUGGAGCGCGCGCGCCGCGUCCUCGGAAGACGCCCGGAAGCCCGGAAACCCCCGCCGCGCGCCCCCAGGUCGGACCUCGACCGCAUCAUCACGAGCCGCCAGACGCUGACGAACCAGCACCACCAGUACUUCCUCUACCAGAUCCUGCGGGGGCUCAAGUACAUCCACAGCGCGUCCGUGCUGCACCGGGACCUCAAGCCGUCGAAUUUGCUCGUCAACAGCAACUGCGACCUGGCCAUCUGCGACUUCGGGCUCGCGCGGGGCUUCGACGACGACGCGGGCAAGCUCACGGAGUACGUCGUCACGCGCUGGUACCGCGCGCCGGAGCUGCUCUGCGAGACGAAGGACUACGACGAAGCCAUCGACGUCUGGUCCGUGGGCUGCAUCUUCGCGGAGAUGCUCCGGCGCAAGCCCUUCUUCCGCGGCGACACGCCGCAGCACCAGCUCGAGACCAUCGUCUCCGUGCUCGGCAAGCCCGGCGACGGCGCGCUGGAGAAGAUCCAGCACGAGGCCGCGCGCAAGGCCAUCUUCGCGGGCGCGGAGUGCGAGCCCUACCCCUUCGCGUCCUACUUCCCGCGCGACACGUCGCCGACGGCGCUCGACCUGCUCGCGAAGAUGCUCGUCUUCGACCCGGCGGCGCGCGCGACGGUGGACGCGGCCCUCGAGCACCCCUACCUCAGCGAGCUCCACGGCCAGAUGCCGGAGCCGCUCUGCGACGACACCUUCGACUUCGAGUUCGAGCGCGCCGCGACGGCGAGCUCCGACGAGGGCAAGGACGCGCUGCCCAAGGAGGAGAUCCAGUCCAUGAUGUUCGAGGAGAUGGUCCAGCUCCAGCUCGUCAUGGAGGACGGCGGCGCGGACGCCGGCGCCAAGGCCGGCGCCGAGGGCAAGGACGGCGAGGAGGACAUGGCCACGGCGCGGACGACGGACACCGCCGACGCCAAGUAG